AUGGCCGACGAUUCAUUUUCUGGUGAUUCUUCGUUCGUUGACCCACAAGCCGAAGAGCCUAUCAUUGAUUACUUCGAUCUUAUCGUCAUACUCUUUUUCGGCGUUGUUGGCUUUCUAUACCUCUCAAAAGAUACUUUGUUCGGCAAUAAAAAACCUGUGUCUCCACCGAUCACCACACCAAAUAAUGCACCUGCUAUUUCAAAGCCACUUGUCCCGAAGAAAAGCAAAGACUUCAUCAAAAAAAUGCAAGAGACUGACAAAAAUGUUGUGAUGUUUUAUGGCUCACAAACUGGUACUGCUGAAGAUUAUGCUUCCCGUUUAGCAAAAGAAGGUCAACAACGGUUUGGCUUAAGAACGAUGACAAUCGACAUUGAAGAUUGUGAUAUGAAUCUUCUUGAUAAGUUUCCGGAAAAUUGCAUGGCUUUCUUUUUGAUGGCUACUUACGGUGAAGGUGAACCUACCGAUGAUGCCGUCGAUUUUUGGGAAUUGAUUAACUCCGAAAGUCCAGAAUUCUCGGAAGGAGUAUCAAUUGAAGAAAAACCAUUAUCAAAUCUUAAUUAUGUGAUCUUCGCUUUGGGAAAUAAAACAUAUGAACAUUUCAACGCCGUUGGAAGGCAAGUCGACGCCAAACUAACUGAGUUUGGUGCCAAAAGAAUUGGUGUGCGUGGUGAAGGUGAUGAUGACGGUAGUUUGGAGGAAGAUUUUCUCGGCUGGAAAGAAGAUAUGUGGAAAGCAGUCUGUGAUAUAAUGGGUAUCGAUCAAAAUGAAAUUCAUAACGGGACUCAUAUUGCUUCGUAUAAGAUUUCCGAAUUAGAGAAUUAUGACAGUGAUAAGGUCUUUUAUGGAGAGUAUAGUGAAACAUCCAUAAUCACUAACGGGAUUCAACAAGUUUAUGAUUCCAAAAAUCCAUAUCCAUCGACGAUUAUAGAAUCUCGUGAACUGUUUAAUUCUACCGACCGUAACUGCAUCCAUAUGGAACUAGACAUUACUGGAUCAGGUAUAUCUUAUCAAUCUGGUGAUCAUGUCGCAAUCUGGCCCAUAAAUCCGGAGCAAGAUGUCUAUAGACUACUCAAGGUCCUAGGUCUUUGGGAAAAGAAAGACACUGUAGUCAUUGUCGAGAGUACAGAUCCAUCCGCAUCAAAAAAGCAUCCCUUUCCAGUUCCUACAACCUACGCUACAAUCUUUCGUAAUUAUUUAGAUAUCCAUGCUCCUGCCUCUCGUCAGUUUAUUGCUACAUUGGCCAAUUUUGCACCCACAGAAGAAGGAAAAUCAAAACUCACCAUUUUGGGUCAAGAUAAGGAGGCUUACCGAAUCAAAGUGGCCGAUGCACAUUUGACUCUUGGUGAGGUGUUGGAGCUGAUUUCUCAGAAUGGAAAACCAUUGGACACCAUUCCGCUGGAUUUAAUCAUCGAAACGUUGCCAAGAUUGCAAUGUAGAUACUACUCUAUAUCUAGUAGUCCAAAAGCUACACCAAAUCACAUACAUAUUACCGCCUCAAUUUUGACAUACAAUCCUGUUACAAUGCCACAAAAGACGGUUUAUGGUCUUGCAACUAAUUACAUACUUCAAGUUCAUCGCAAGCGUAAUAACAUUCAGCACCCAGAAAAGUCUCCGUAUUACCUAUAUUCAGGGCCGAGAGACAGAUUUUAUGAUGAAGCUACGAAUACAAUUAAAUUUGCCAUACAUGUUCGUAAGUCGAAUUUUAAACUGCCCAAAAAUUUCAAAACACCUGUGGUGAUGGUAGGUCCCGGAACCGGUGUGGCACCAUUUCGGGGAUUCAUAAUUGAAAGAGCUAAGCAAAAGACUGAGGGAGAUGAAGUUGGUGAUACAGUUUUAUUCUAUGGAUGUCGAAGUAAAAAUGAGGACUUUUUGUACGAGAACGAAUUUGAUACGCUAUUUAAGACACUUGGAGAGGGUGGAAAAUUGAUAACUGCAUUUUCAAGGGAAAAAGAACAUAAAGUAUAUGUGCAACAUCGUCUUUUAGAAAAUCAAAAAUAUAUAUGGGAUUUAAUUUACACUCGAGGUGGUUACUUUUAUGUAUGCGGCGAUGCAAAAAAUAUGGCACGUGAUGUCAACAAUGCAUUAAUAAAAAUAGCCCAAACAUGCGGUGACAUGGACGAAAAUAGUGCGACUGCUUAUAUCCGAGACUUAAGGAGUCGUGGGAAAUAUCAAGAGGAU